AUGAUACGUUCACAAAAAGUACAUAUACGUCCUGUAUAUAAUCAAUCAUCAACAUAUGAGACAAAUCAAUCAUCGACAAAUAUUACAGAUAUACAAUCAUAUAUAGGAAAAAUUUUAACAAUUAAUUAUAAUCAAUUUAUUGUUGAAGAUAUACUUGGACAAGGUGGUUUUGCUUUUGUUUUUCUUGUUCGUUCAUUUAAUCAACAACGAUAUGCACUUAAACGUAUGUAUGUUAAUAAUCAACGUGAUUUACAUGUUUGUCAACGUGAAAUAUCUAUAAUAAAAGAAUUUUCAUCACAUCCAAAUAUUGUUAAAUAUGUUGAUUCAUCUAUACAACGUUUAUCAUCAACAAAUAUACAAACACGUCAUUAUUAUACAGCAUAUAAUGAAAAUAAUAAUAAUGAUGAUGAUGAUGCUAUUUAUGAAAUAUUUUUAUUAACUGAAUAUUGUUCAAAUGGAGCAUUAAUUACUCGUCUAAAUGAACAACGUAAUGUUGGUAUAACAUUAAAUGAACGUCAAAUUUUACGUAUAUUUGCUGAUAUUUGUCUUGCUAUAAGUGCAUGUCAUUUUCGUCGUCCUCAACCAAUAUUACAUCGUGAUAUUAAAUUAGAAAAUAUUCUUACUGAUUCUCAACAAAAUUAUGUUCUCUGUGAUUUUGGUUCAGCUAUUAUGCUACCAUCUUCAACAACAAAUGAUCAUCGACAAUAUCAAAAAAAUGAAUUAACAACAAAUAUUAUUCAACAACUUGAAGAAGAAAUUCAACGUUAUACAACAUUAUCUUAUCGUGCACCUGAAAUGAUUGAUUUAUAUAGUCGUUUACCACUUACACUUAAAAUUGAUAUUUGGGCUAUGGGUUGUCUUUUAUAUAAACUUAUGUAUAAUAUAAUGCCAUUUGGUGAUAGUAUUUUAGCUAUACAAAAUGGAACAUUUGUUAUACCUGAUGAUAUGGCACAAAAUUAUAGUCGAGAAUUGAAUUUAUUUGUUCGAUAUAUGUUAGAAAUUGAUAUUGAUAAAAGACCAGAUAUAUGGCAGGUAUCCUAUAUUACAUAUAAAUUACUUGGUAGUGAAUGUCCUAUUUCAAAUCGAUGUCAAUCAAAAAUUCCUAAUUUAAAUAUAAUUUCAAUGCCAUUAACUGAUAGUGAAUAUCGUCAUCAACGAACAACUGCUUUAUCAAAAACAAAAACAACAUCAAAAAAUAUAACUGAUGAAUUUUUAUCUCUUGGUACAGCAGUUAAUCCACGUGAACGUCCACGUGGUAUGAUGACACCAUCAACAUCAUUAAUUAAUUUUGAUCAACCAAGUCAACAAUCAUCAACUACAAUUGCUCCACCAAAUCCAUCAACAAAUUCAUCUCGAUCAGGUUCAGCUACUCAAUUAAUGUUUUUUGACGAUGAUUUUUCACAAAUUCCAUCACAUGCAAUUAGUUUAACUAAUAUUCCAAAUGUAACAGCAGCAACAACAACAACAACAACAACAACAACAGCUAAAAAUGAAAAAAUUAUACCUCGUGCUCGACCAUUACCAUCAGAAAUAGUUUCAACAGCAUCUGGUCUUACUUUACAACAACAACAUUUCCUUCCACCCCCGCCAUCUUCUAAUAUUCAAACACAUCGACGUAGUGCAUCUCAAACAACAAGUCCAACGAAUAUCCAAUCUUCUUUUCACAAAGCCUCCUCCGUUGAUUCUUCUAAUGAAGAUGAAGUAUUCGAUGAUGAUGAUAUAAAUCCAUUAAAAACAAAUUUAAAUAAAUUAAAACUUAAAAAUUCUUCAAUAAUUAAUUCUCAAUUAAAUUCAGAUGAUAAAUCAAAUCGAAAUAUCAAGAAAAAAUCUCAAUUACCAAUAACAACUAAAUCUACAAGUCAUCAUCAUCAUCCAUCGACGGAGGAGGCUGAAAAAGACAUUUCAUUUUCGAAUACAAAUAAUAAAAAUUUUAUUGAAUCCCAAUUAAUCGAACAUUCAAUUAAUCAAACAUCGAACGAAAACAAUCUCAAUAAUAAUAAUACUAAAAAUAAUUUUUUUCAAGUUAUUAAUAAAGAUUCUGAUGAUGAACAAGAAAUAAAUCAAAAAAUAGACUUAAUUUAUCAUUCUUCAACAUUAAAUAAACAUAACAAUCUAAUAAAUUCAUCUUUGAUUGAUAAUAAUAAUAAUCCAUUUCUUUGUGCACCUUUUCAUCAUUCAUCAAAUAAACAAACAUCAACAUCUUCAUCAACUAAUUCAACUUCAUGUGAUUUGAACAGUAUCGUUGUUGGAAAACGAACAAGUGCCUUUGCUCCUUAUCAAAAACGAGAAAUAAAUUCAGACAACCAUGUUAUUGACAUAAAAUAUGAUCCCGGUAGUUCAAUAGAGAAAGUUCCUCAUUCGGAAUCUUUUGCUUCAAAUGUUCUUAAUAAUCAAUCAACAGACGUCUUUACAAAUGCUCCAUUUAAAACAAAAUCGAAAAGUAAACAACGUUCAAUAGUGACCAAUUCUGAAAUAUCAUCAAAUUCUCAAUUGAUUGAUAUUAAUGUACAAGAACAAUUAAAUAAAAAACCAACGAUCAUUGACAUUGAUCCUGAACAAUAUGGUUAUUCGAAUUUAUCAUUCAACGAUACUAUUACCGAUGAACAUCUCUAA